CGUAGCUCCGUAUAUAAAGGCGGAGGACUGGAGAAGACGGACGGCUGGGGAGCAGCAGCCCUGGGACUGUGAAUAAGACCGUAAACGGCUGUGUUUUUAUUUCCAAAAACUUUAACCGGCAACUUUUUAAGCGUUUUAGAUGUUUCCGUGCUUUUUUAAAUGAUUUUUGGGGUUCUUGCUUGAUAUUUGCGGUGUGUUUUUCCCCUCACUGCGCUCAUAAUGGCGAGCUCGGCUAACUCGAACCAAGUGCCUAAACUGUAUAGAUCAGUAAUGGAGGAUGUCAUCAAUGAAGUGCGGGAGCUUUUCCUCGACGAGGGAGUGGAUGAGCAGGUCCUGAUGGAGCUUAAAACGUUGUGGGAGAGUAAGCUGAUGCAGUCCAAGGCGGUGGAAGGCUUUCAUACAGAGGAGCAGCAGGUUCUUCAAGCUCAACAGCAGCAGGCCCAACAAGCUCAGCAGACGCAAGCGCAAUCCCAACCACAGCAAGUCCUCCUGCCUCCAGCGCAACAGGUGUCUUUCUGUGGUUUCUCAGCUCCUCAGCAGCAGGUCAUUGUUCAGGAUCCUAAGAUUCUCCAGCACAUGAGUGCGACAGGAAUGAGUGCCGCAGCCACAGCAGCGACUUUGGCUUUACCCGCAGGUGUAGCACCAAUUCAGCAACUUAUCACACCUCAGGGUCAGAUCCUGCAGGUGGUCAGAGCUGCCAACGGAGCUCAAUACAUCAUUCAGCCUCAGCAGCAGAUGGUGUUGCAGCAGCAGGUCCUGCCACAGAUGCAGCCUGGAGGUGUGCAGGCCCCCGUCAUACAGCAGGUGUUGACUCCUCUUCAGGGAGGCCUUUCUCAGCAGACCGGAGUUAUCAUCCAACCACAGCAGAUUGUCCUCACAGGAAAUAAAGUGCAGCAGAACACUCAGGUCAUGCAGGCAGCAGCUAUGGCGGUGCAGCAGGGACAGGGAGCUGCGCAGGUGCAGGCUCAGGCUCAGCCCCAGCCUCAAGCACAGCCACCCCAACAACAGACACAGCAGCAGCAGGCCUCGCAGCAACCUCCCAUGAUGCUCCAGGUGGACGGAGCAGGAGACACGUCCUCAGAAGAGGAUGAAGAGGAGGAGGAUGAGUAUGAUGAGGACGAGGAUGAAGACAAAGAGAAAGAUGGUGGCGAGGAUGGCCAAGUGGAGGAGGAGCCGUUAAACAGUGGUGAUGACGUCAGUGAUGAGGAGGACCAGGAGCUGUUUGACACAGAGAACGUGGUGGUUUGCCAAUAUGACAAGAUUCACAGAAGCAAGAACAAAUGGAAAUUUCACCUGAAAGACGGGAUAAUGAAUCUGAACGGGCGGGAUUACGUGUUCUCCAAAGCCAUUGGAGAUGCAGAGUGGUAAAGAGAGAGGAACAAAACACAAAACUGUCUACUCAUGAGGCAAGACACAUCGAGACCUGAAACUGUACGUUUCAGGGGAUUCCCACUUCGGGGGCUGAAGAGUAACGUCCCAAUGCUACUGUGCUGUUUGAGUGAUAUCUGCACAAAAUAAUGUGUGCCAUCCAAGAGAUUUUCCCCUCCCCCUCAUUUUAAGAUGGCCCUUUUUACCUGUAGAAUUUCACAGGAGUCCGUAACUUCUCAUUUAGAAUCAUAUUCUCGCCCCUCAGAUGUAUGAAAAUAUAUUAGGCGCAGGGAGCCAAUUUUAGCGCCUGGCGCUAACUUAAGUUGACUCUGGUGUGUUAAGAUGGCCUUUUUACUGCAACCGUACGUGUUUGUUGGUGAUUUCCGUAGCUAGAUCAGCCAUCUGAAUCCUGUGUAAAGCGAAUCGUCCAACACAAGGACCGUUUCAUCACCACCUUAUACAAACACUAAAACAAGCAACCAAGAACUGUGUUCCAAUAAGUUCCUUUCAUAUUUGCUAUGUUUUUAGACCUUUGUAUGUUUAACAGCAGAGAUACCAAUGAAAACAGGCGAGAUAAGUGUAACGUUGUCACUAAAUUGUUCACGUGUUUGUAUGUCUGUCAUGGAUUUUUCUAACUCUGUACUCUGGCUAAAGAUCUGCUCUGUCAGUAUGAUGCAUGUUUUGGGCAGUGCAUCACGGAGCUUGCGUCGUUCCGCGUGUGUUUGUGUGCAAUUAUUGCGUUUGGUGUCAAUGAAGUGCUCGGUCAGGCCACCCUUCCUACUUUUACUUGCGGUCAGGCUUAUUUUACACAUUUCUAGUAGUUCGUAUUUAUUCCUGAAGCUCAGGCAGCAUCAUAUUUUGGGGGGAUGAAACCGAACUGUGCUCUUAAUGAAAGAAGUGCUCCUUUCAGCCCAUUCUCUGCUGAGGAGGAUUUCAAUCUGAUUCUGUGCAUUGUGGAACUUUUUUUUUUUUUUUUUUUUUUUGUCCCUCCAUAUUUUGUUUCAUAAUAUUUUGUCUGACUUUUUAAGCAAUGCCCUCAUACAGUCUGAGAAAAGACAGAUUGUGGUGGUCUGUAUCCAUAUGUUCAGCAGUUGAAAGUAUUGACAGGUUUUGUUGAAUAUGUUCAUGCUAAGAUUGUUCGAAGAAAUGGUUUGGACUAGUUUGGGGCUUUUUUUAUUUUUAUUUUAUUUUAGUAUAUGUAGUUCUUUGCGCUCCUUAUUUGUGCCUUUCAGAUUUAUUUUAGAUAUCAGGUCUUUUGUCUAAAGGGGGAGAGCCUUUAACAAAUCCUACAAACUGUACAUUUUGCUUUGCGUUUCUAAUGGUAAGUAAAUAAUAU